AUGCACCUCCCGACGUCGCUUUCCACCUUCGUGACAGCGGAAGCCUUCGUCACAUCACGAGAGACACUGACAGGCCGAAUGCUACGUUUCCGGGCACCUCCCGGUGACGCACACCGUACACUCGCGAACGCCGAGCAGUUCACGAAAUGCUGCGGACAGCAGAAUGAGUGCGUCUCAAGCGAAUCACCUUUAAACGGGGUUUCAGACGCUGCAGCGAUCAUCGUGCAGAAGCAGGGAGGGGAGAGAAAACAAUUCAGUACUAUAGAAGCGCAGAGUACGCACCACGUGCAUUGUAGGACGCGGCUGGCUCGGUCGGCGGACAGGCACGCUGAAAUCCGUGGCAGCAUGCGAAGCCCGCUGCUAUGA